UCUAACCUGCCACUGACACCUCCCAGUCAUUCAUCACCACCACGACCGCAUUCCGCGCAAACUUCCAUUCUCGACAUCCGCCUCAUCCGCGCUGUCCGCCGACUUCCAGUCCUCCAUCUUCAUCGACCCUCCACGUCGCGCUUUCAAGCUCCUCACCCUCACCAUGUCUGACUCUGCUUUCACAGAGGCCUGCCCGGUCUACGCGCCGUUCUUCGGUGCCAUGGGCUGCACAGCCGCCAUCGUCUUCACCUGCCUCGGCGCCUCGUACGGUACUGCCAAGUCCGGCGUUGGUAUCGCCGCCAUGGGUGUCCUGAGACCUGAUCUCAUUGUCAAGAACAUUGUUCCCGUCAUUAUGGCUGGUAUCAUCGGCAUUUACGGUCUCGUCGUUUCCGUCCUGAUCUCGGACGGUCUCAAGCAGCGCCUCCCUCUCUACACUGGUUUCAUUCAACUCGGUGCCGGUCUUGCCGUCGGCCUUGCCGGUAUGGCCGCUGGUUUCGCCAUCGGCAUUGUCGGUGACGCUGGUGUCAGAGGCACUGCGCAACAGCCCAGACUCUUCGUCGGCAUGAUUCUUAUUCUCAUUUUCGCUGAAGUCCUGGGUCUCUACGGUCUGAUUGUCGCCCUGCUCAUGAACUCGAAGGCGACCUCUGACACCAGCUGCUAAGCGAUCUGCUUGGCAAUCUCGAAGCGACGGAGUAACUCGUACCAUCUACACGGCUAACGACGACUUGACAAGCAACGCGUUGUUGACCGGUACGAGAGCUUGCGUGCUUCGAACACGACGAGUCGAGCCUGCGAAGCUACUAGGUCCACCUAGCUGAUUUGGGGGCUCGACUAAACGAUGGAUUCCCACAGGCAUGGGUGGCUGGCAGACUGUCCCAUGCGGAGUACAAGAAUGCAUCCUGGGAUUGGAUGUUUCGUGUCUAAUGAUUGGCAAAAAUCUCAUGUGUACUAGUGCUGCUGCAUCAUAACUGUUUCUGCUUCAAGACGACUUCCUCAUGAUAGACUAUCAGGGUUGGGGAGGGCUGUACUUUAGGCUUGCAAUUCCAAGUUGACUCAUUUCCCUCGAAC